AUGAGAAUCACAAAGGCAUCUCGCUACCAAACAUCUCACGGAAGAUCUUCGUCCGCAUCCUACAUAACCGUUUCAACGUCCGCCAAGAGCAAAGGCUUCUGUCGGAAAGUCAAUGUGGAUUCCAACAACACCGGGGCACAACCGACAUGGUACUUGCCACCCACCAGCUACAGGAGGUGCCAGCAGAUGCGAACCCACCCCUACACUACCUUCGUGGACUUUACGAAGGCCUUUGAUACGGUGAAUCGCAAGGGACUGUGGAAAAUGAUGCAGAAAUUCGGCUUUCCUCAACUAUUCAUGCACAUGGUAAGUCAGCUUCACGACGGAGUGAUGGUGCGCGUCACGGACAACGGUGCAAUCUCCGAGGCAUUCGCAGUGGCCAAUGGAGCGAAGUAUGGCUGCGUACUCACGCGCAACCUCUUCAGCCUCAUGUCCUCUGCCAUGCUGAUGGACGCCCGCCGUGAUGGGCGCCCAGGGAUACGCAUCACCUACAGAACUGACGGGUAUCUCCUCAACAGCUGGCGCACGCAGGCCCCUACGCGACUAUCUACGGCCACCGUCCACGAUCUGCUCUUCGCCGACGACAACGUCCUCAGCAUUACGACCAAAGAAGACAUGCAAAGGAGCAUGGACCUCCUCGCCGCCGGGGGCGUAGACUUUGGCCUGACUAUCAGCACGGACAAAACGGUGGUCAUGCACCAACCGUUACCCAACACGCGAAACAGCACUACUCCUCGAAUCACUGUCUACGGUAACCAACUCAAAAUUGUGAACAACUAG